AUUACUUACAUUUGACAAGUGCCAAAAGCUCUGUAAAAUCAUAAAAAUUGUGCAAGUUUUAAUUCAGUUUUUCGAAAUGCAAACUGAAACAAAUAAAGUAGAGAACCAAGACAACCUAAGCGAGCAGCUGGCAACAAAUGGCGUAGAGGACCAAGACUUAAACGAGCCGCUAGAAACAAAUAGCGAUGACGACCAGGACUUUAACGAGCCGGCAGCAGCAGCAGCUGAAGCAACUGCAACUGACUUGCCGCAGGAAAUUCGCACAAGUGCGCUCUGGGAUUUCUAUGAAGUCAAUGGCCACGAGUCGCAGACGCAGCUGAAACUCGAAGAGCUGCCGUUUAAGCAGCAGGAGCAGCUGCUUAUGAACGAUUUAAUACAUGUGGCCAUAGGCAUGUGUGGUGAUUAUAUAAAGCCUAAGCCGCGAGAAGACCCCGAUGACUCCUAUGAAGCUGCAGAUCGCAAGUAUGUGCGACAGUUUGAGUUCAACUUUGUAGUGGACGAAACGUUGCUGGAAUUGGUGCAACAGAUUCUACCGCUGGCCUCACACUUUGUGGGCAUGCAACUGAUUAUAGCCGAGACUGACGCAUGGGGACAAACAAACAAGGCGCUGAAUGUAGCGCUGGGCGAGCUAACCAGCGAUUACUAUGAAAUGAUGCAGAGACUGGAGCAAGAACUAAUGCUAGAUCGGCUGACUCUGAUCAAGCUGCUGUACUAUUUGGAGCCUACGAUUUGGAGCAUGAGUGAAAUAUUUGAGACUUUGGUGCAGCUGGAGCGGCAUAAUUAUCGUGGAGCUGCGCUGCUCACAUAUUUGUGCCAUCGCAUUAAGUUAUUAGAGGGCUAUGCGCUAACGCAGGAGAUUUUCAUAAAGCUAACCAAAGGCGCGGCUCGCCCUUAUAUGGAAAUGCUGCAGAUUUGGCUGCAAAAGGGCGUCAUAGUGGAUAAAUAUGAUGAGUUUCUAAUCGAAGCCAGAGCGCAGCCUGUGGACUACUGGGCACACUCGUAUGCUGUGCGCAUAGGUUGCAUACCCAGCUUCUUGCAACAGACAGCAGAGAAAAUCUUACGCACUGGCAAAAGUUUGAAUGUGGUACGAAAAUGCGGCAAGCGCUUUGAGCCGCUGAACUUGCAGCUAGACUUUAAUCCCAGCAACAAUCAACACUUGCUGGCUAUCGAUGCUGCCUUUGACUAUGCUGCACGCUUGCUGCUGGAUGUGUUGCAUGAACACGAUCUCUUGGGGCAUCUACUUGCCAUGAAGCGAUAUUUUCUGCUGCAGCAAGGCGAUUUUAUUUUACAAUUUAUGGACGAAUGCGAGCAGGAGCUGAGCCAAAGUGUUAGCCAGUUGCUGCCUAUCAAUUUGGAGCAUCUACUGCAAAUCGUGCUGGGCUUCUCCACAGAUCCGUAUAAGGACAACUUACACUGUGAACUGCAUGCAGCUGUAACAACAACAACCGGCUCUGAACUCAACGCAUUCGACUGCUUUAGCUUUGGCUAUGCCGUUGAUUGGCCUAUUUGCCUGGUGCUUAAUCAGCGCGCCAUUGGCAAAUACCAGCAGCUUUUUCGUCAAUUGUUCUACUGCAAACAUGUGGAGCGUCAGCUCAGCAAUAUCUGGAAGGACAAUGCAACAGCCAAGCAACUCAACUCGACAGCUCCGCUGCUUUAUCAAGCUGCCUUCGGUUUGCGUCAGCGCAUGUUGAAUGCUAUACAAAAUCUUGAGUACUAUAUGCUCAUCGAGGUCAUUGAACCGCACUGGCAUUUGUUUACACAAAAAUUGACGCAAGUUCAAAAUAUGGAUGCGCUAUUGGAAUUGCAUGAGGAAUUUCUGGAUCUAUGUCUAAAGCAUUGCAUGAUUGCCGAAGCUUUGCAACUGCAUCAGGCUAUACGCAAACUAUGCGGCGUAUGCUUGAAAUUUUGUGCAUUUAUAAAAACAACAGAAUCGCAGCAGCUGCUGAAAUCAUCGCAGCUGUUUACGUUCUUCGACGAAAGGUUCUCCAGUUUGCUUAUAACGUUUCUCAAGCAAAUCAUUGAGCUGACCAAAAAUAAUACAACUGACUGUUUUCGCAAUGUUGUGCACAGAAUUAACUUCAAUGGCUAUUAUACUGAGCAGCUCAAACGUGAGCAGCGUUCGGCAGUGGAUACAGAAAUAGAAGAGGCAGCUCUGGAAACCAACGUUUAAAACGAGAAAUAAUAACAGCAUUUAAAACUUUGUAUGCUUGUAAAAUAU